AUGGCUUCCCCAAGCGGAUUGGAAUCCGGAGGUUGUUCAAAGGUAACAUCUCAGAGAAUGGGUAACGAAAUCUACGAGGAUACGCCAAUGACUUCAUCGGUACUUCAAAGGAGGAUCUUAGAGGCUUCUUCAGACAUUUCAAUCAUCAAGAAUGGGAUGCUGGAAGUCCACUCAGACAGCAGCGUUUUGGACGUAUCCAACAGAGAGUCUAUAGACAGAGAUUCCGUAGAUAUAAUCGGUGAAUUCAACGCAACUCCAGGCAGAGACUUUUGCAUAAAACGCCAAAUUAAGGAGGAGUUUGACAUGCUGGGCAUAAAUGAUGAUUCCAUAAUAGACAUUGAGGCUCUCUUGGAGAUACCAAAACAGGUAGAUGAUAGAAGAGGUAACAUAAGUCAAAGGGAUAGAGAAUUUAAAAGGGUAGAUGAUCCUCCUGUUGUGAAUUUAGAUGAUUUCUCAGAAUCUGAUUUCCUCGCAGUGGAAUCCAAAGAACUAGAGGCCAUUGAAAAGGAUGAUCCCUGCCUUUCAACACCAGUGAGGACAUUUCAUUCUGUAGAGGACUCCAACCAUGCCAUUAAUGUUGAUUCCAUAACGAGUAGCAUUCUAGAAAUAUGCACAAGGGACUCUGUGAACAUGGGAGAUAUUGAUGACACAUCAAUCAAUGGAAAUGUGGAUCUAUAUGCAACUCCAGUCAAUGCAAUGGUAGACUUAGACUGUCCACUAAAUGCAGGAUCCUUUGGGUUCUCUAGCGAUCCAUUCGUUUAUCUGGAAGAGAAUCCACUUGAUACGCCUGAAAAGACUGUGUUACCAGAUAAAACUCCAGAAGUUAAACGCAAAAUUCCUGUACCAGAAACAGUCAUAAACGUCGAUGAAAGUUUAAAGGAUAAUGAAGAAUACGUUAUAGACUCUAUACCAGUGGAGGAAACAUCCUAUAAUACAACAGAGAGCAAAAGCAUUGAACCUUGUAGUACAAGCAUUCCACCCCUAAAGAUCGUAAACAACACUUCAAAGAUUCAAACAAAUAUAAUCCAAAAGAAUCCCCGUCUAUCUUCCCUAAAGAUGAAUGGAACCAAAAAGAACCAAGUAGACAAGGGUGAUGGCCUUAAAAAGAGGGUAAACUCUGUGAGGAGAAAAGGGAUUACGGUAAAAAAUAAUGCAAAAUUGGAAACUAUGCCUGUAUGGGUCAGGCAGCCAAAUGAUAUUAAAGAAAUUCCUUCGUACAUAAAAAUGAUUAGCAACCGUCUUUUACACAUUGAGAAGCAAAUCAAAAAAUUUUGUGAAGAAAGACAAGGAUUAUUAUGUAGUAUAUGGAAACUAAGUAACAAUGGAUAUAAACACUUGCUUCCGGAUCCAGUGAUUAAAUCGCUCUCUACAAUGGAAAAUGCCAGUGAACAACCUGCAGACAGCGCAGAAUCCAGUGCACCCUCAAAUCGUAUGUCACUUCGAACGUCACUGGAUAAUAUUGAUUUUGAUGGACAUCUUGUAAAUUACAACCAAAUGGAUGAAGAAAAGGCCAGAGAUGGAGACACCAUGUACUGGAAGGCAUCAUGGCUGGGUGAUCAGGAUAUGCACACACCAGCUACCAAAAGGAUACUUGAGACAUAUGUAAGUAGACCAAUCAACGUUGAAACAUCCUCUAAACAAACAAACUCAUCAAGAAGAACUAGUGUCUCCGCCUAUAUUAACAGCUUUAAAAGGACCUCAAUUCCCAAGAGGGAUUCUGUAAAUUCAGUCUCCUCAGUACAAGAACGAGAGUCCAAAGCCGAGGCAAACGUCGUCCAGGACCCAAUCGAGUACUUUAAACAAAUCGACUUUCCAACGUUAUCGUACCAGGAAAUGGAAGGCUGGCGCAAGUUUUUCGGAAUAAAGGUGAGCCUACGUACACAUUCACAUUGUUUCUAUAGAAUAUCAAGAAUAGCCUAG